CGCCCCCGCUCCUGGGUCGCCCGCCUCCGGUCGCCGCCCCCUGUGCCCGCUGAGCACCGUCCCGGACCGAGCCUCUCCUCCACGUCCCCGGCUCAUCCUGGGCCGCCCUCUGGCCCAGUCGCGUCACCGCGUCCCGCCCCCGGAGCUGGAAUCGAAGUUCUCGAGCCCAGAGACUUUCCGGGCUUGACGGCGCCGGGAGAGUGCACGGGCGUCAGAUUUUCCCCCUUUGCUUGUGAGCCAUGGCAGCUUCUAUGAAGGGCAAGGUGUGCGUGGUGACUGGUGCUUCCAGGGGUAUUGGCCGCGGCAUCGCCUUGCAGCUCUGCCAAGCGGGCGCCACAGUUUACAUCACAGGCCGCCAUAUGGACACACUGCAGGCCACUGCUGAGGAGGCACAAUCUCGAGGGGGCCAGUGUGUGCCCGUGGUGUGCGAUUCAAGCCAGGAGAGUGAAGUCCAAAGGCUGUUUGAGCAAGUGAAUCAGGAACAGCAGGGGCGUCUGGAUGUGCUAGUCAACAAUGCCUAUGCCGGAGUCCCGGCAAUUAUGAAAAACAUUAACAAGGCAUUCUGGGAAAGCCCGGCCUCCAUCUGGGAUGAUAUCAAUAAUGUUGGAUUGAGAGGCCACUACCUGUGCUCGGUGUAUGGAGCACGGCUCAUGGUACCAGCUGGCCAGGGGCUCAUCGUGGUCAUCUCCUCCAUUGGAGGGCUGCAGUAUCUCUUCAAUGUCUCCUAUGGUGUGGGCAAAGCUGCGUGCGACAGGCUGGCUGCGGACUGUGCCCAGGAGCUGCGGCGCCAUGGGGUCAGCUACGUGUCUCUGUGGCCAGGGUUGGUGCAAACAGAACUAGUGAAGGAGGUCGUGGUGAAAAACGAAAAUACUGAUGAUCCCCUAUUGAAACAGCUCAGAUCUAAUUUCUCCUCUGCAGAGACCACAGAAAUGAGUGGCAAAUGUGUGGUGGCUUUGGCAACAGACCCCAAUAUCCUGAGCCUGAGUGGGAAGGUGCUGCCAUCUUGUGACCUUGCUCGCCGCUACAGCCUUCAGGAUGUGGAUGGCCGCCCCAUCCAAGACUAUUUGUCUUUGAGCUCGGUUCUCUCCCAUGCCUCUAGCCUGGGCUGGCUGGCCUCCUACUUGCCUGGCUUCCUUCGUAUGCCCAAGUGGAUUAUGACCCUCUACGCUAGCAAAUUCUAACCGUCCUGGCCUGAUGUCACAACUCUGUUCUCUCUCAGGCUACAUGGUAGGGCGGGUCUCAGUGAAACAAGGCAGGCUCUUCUGCCUACCACAUACCCUUGAUAGGAAGAGAAAGCUUCCACUGUGUUUCCUGGGUGAGCCCUGGGGCCCCUAAGGGAUCCCCCUUUAUGCCUUAACUUUACCUGCCCCUACAUUUUACUUUUUGCCUUAGUGUUAAAAAAUAUUCUGGGGGCUAAUAAAAGUCUCAUUUCUCUUUCA